AGACUAAUGCGUACGAUGUAUUUGUUGGUAUAUGAACAGAGUGAUGCCUAUCAAGCAACAGGAUGCUACAAUCUACUAUGUGCAGGAUUUGUGCAAACAAAUAGUAGAAUUGCCAUUGGAGCUGCCAUUUCUCCAGUUUCUUCUGUUGAAGGAAAUCAAUAUGAUGUAACCAUUCUCAUUUGGAAGGAUCCAAAGCUAGGAAAUUGGUGGAUGGUGUUUGGUGAUAACACACUAGUGGGCUAUUGGCCCGCCGAGUUAUUUACUCAUUUAGCAGAUCGGGCCACAAUGGUGGAGUGGGGUGGAGAAGUCGUAAAUUCACGAGCCAACGGAGAACACACGUCCACUCAAAUGGGCUCAGGCCAUUUUGCUGAAGAUGGGUUUAGAAAAGCUAGUUAUUUCAGAAAUCUUGAGAUUGUGGAUUCUGACAACAGCCUCAGCUCGGCCCAAGAUAUAUCAAUCUUAGCUGAAAACACAAAUUGCUAUGACAUUAAAAGUGAUUAUAACAAUGAAUGGGGUACCCAUUUCUAUUAUGGUGGGCCUGGUAAAAGCCCACAGUGCACGUGAAAUGGGCCGAGUGUCUUUGAUGAGGCAAAGUCUCUAUCAGCAAUCUGUGUUUUUUUUUUUUAGAGAGAUUUAAAUGGAAAGGGCUUGCUAUUUCCAACUUUGUUUAUGCUAAUUCCACAUUGGUUUUGUUCUUAUGUCUAUGUUUUGAGAGGAAAAAAAUGUAUGUAUUAAUUAAAUAAGACAAAUAGCAUUAAACAGGUAAGGAAAUAGCAAAUAUUCGGUUGGAAUGGCUACUAGUACAAAAUUUAUUAUCGUGGCUUUGAAUCUA